CGUGAGGAGCCGUAGCCUGGAGGGGGGAUACCGGCCCGCCGCCGUGAGGGGCCGCGGCCCGUCUCCGGCGCAGAGAUGAUCGUGACGCCCCGGCGGUACCCCGGCCGCCGGCCGGGAGAGCUGCCGUUCAAGUCGGUGCCCCUGGACAGCAUCCCCGCGGGCACGCUGACCCCGCUGAAGGAGUUCCUGAGGCGUCAGGGCGCCGUGGAGGUGGGCGCGGAGCCGGCGGGCCGCGGGGAGAGGAGACCGGCGGCCGGCGGCGUCUUGCAGUCCACGCUGGUGGCGGGCGGCGGGGGCCAGCCGGAGCCGCUGGAUGUCAGCGAGAUCCCGCCCGGGCCCCAGCGGUGGCUGAAGCGCCCGGCCUGCGAGCCGCCCCCCAGCGAGUCCCCGGCCAAGAUCUUCCAGCGGAUGAAGGCCAAGGCCCAGCAGCAGCCCCGGGGCUGCGGCACCGACUCCAUCCUGACCCCCGCCCCGAGGCCCGCCGCCGCGCUGGCCCGGCUGCCGCAACCCGCUGAGGCGGAGGGCCGGCAGGGACCCGCCGGGACGCCCAGGGGCAGUGUCCGGCCGGAAAAAGAACUAGUUUGCAAUGGGUUUCCCAAGAACCAGAUUGCAAAGGUACAGACCGUACACCCCCUGGUGCAGGAGUCCCCUCAGAAGUUCUUCUUGCGUGUAAAGCAGAAACUGCAGCAGCAGCAAAAAGAUCGAGCACCUUCAAACCUGGUCAAGCAGAAUGUUCCUCCUCCCACAGCUACAGAAAAGCCAUUGGUCAAAUCUGCCUUUGCUGAGCCGCUCAGGAGGGACCCUGCAGAGCCCGUGGCUGCUGAGAAGGAUGAUCAGGAUGAUUUCCUUGUGGAAUCAAUGGAUGCUGAUGAUGAAAUGUCUCAAAAUACUGCUUCUGUGAUUAUAAGCCCUCCCCCUUUUAAAAGUGGGGAUUGGUUAGGAGAAAGGUGGAGAAAUGGAGAAGCAAAAGAACUUCAUCAAGAGAGAAGAGAAUUGCAGCCAAGCAAAGAGCAACCUGCUCAGGGAGGAGAGAAGAUACAGGAGACUAAUCCUCAAAAGCCCUUGCCGUGCUUAUGUAGCAUCAUGCUCUCUUCUCCCAAAAUCCACAUUCCGAGGAGGCAAAAGCCAAAAGAAGCCCGUGCAGAUCAAGUUGCUGGCAAAGCAGACAAAGAGAAAAAUGUCUGCCUAACCAGUUGGAGAAUUAAAGUGAUGGAUGGUAACACUGCAAUAUGUGUUGAAGGAAAACGGAAAGAUAUGAGAGACCUGCCUUGGCACAGCAACGCCAUUGUGGAACGCGUAGCGCACAACCAAGUUCAAACCUCAUCUGGCAACAUCUACCUGCUGCAGGGAAAUAUAGACUCAGCUUCCAUGAGGAAAGAAGGAUUUCCCUACCGUUUCAUCAAGAGAUUCAUGUAUGGGUUUUCCAAAAAGUGGAAGGAAUAUGUUGAGGAGUUUCUUGAGGAAAGAAGAAGGAAGGAACGAAAACAAAAUGGUGAUGAGGAUGACACUGAAGAGAGCGAGGCAGUGGUGGGCACAGAUGUGUUAAUAAAUGGAAAAGGCUCAGCAAGAAAUGCAAAGAAACCUGAAAGGAGAAACACCACCUAUGAAGUAUUGCCGAAGAACGAUGAAAACACUUAUGUAACCCCAGUGCACAAUUCCACCCUGAACAGCUCCAACGGAGUUUACACGCGCAGCGGCCGCCUGGUCAAACCCCCACUGAGUUUCUGGUGUGGGCAACGGGAGGUUGUGGAUCAGGGGCUGAACGUGACUAUAGAAAAAGGCGGAGUGGAUUACCUGAGCAUGAUGUUCAGCAGUAAGAGAUUCCAAAGACAGACCAGUUCCAUCUCCAAGAAGAAUAAAAAAAAGGAAGUAAUGAAGAGAACAGAAGAAACAGCAAAAAUCCAAAGGAAAGGGGAAAACAAUGAAAAAAGAGUCAGUUCCAAACCAGGGAGCAAGGGGGCCAGGCACUUCGUGUCGGAUGAGGAGGAGAGCGAUGGCGCUGUCAGUAGCACAAAGACUGUAACACAGCUCUCUGUUAGGCUGACUCCCUUUAAAGCUGGGGCACCAGUCAAACCCAGCCAUCCCAGCACAACGCCAGGAGCAGGGAAGGAGCAAGGAGGAAGGGACUCCACGGAACUGAGUGCCUUCCAGCAGGGCUACAGGUACUCCUUAAGGUCGGCCAAACAACUGCUUCAAGACAAGGGUUUAACAGAACCGUUAAGCAAAGAUGAGGAAGAGGGAUCCAGUGAAGACAUCCCACUGGCUAUCAAAAGGAAAAAUAACCCUUUCUCUAAAAAAGUCAGUCAAAACUCUGAAUCUUCCUCUAACUGUAGAAGUUCACAGGAUGGUGCAGACACGGUGUUGGGUGAACCCAGGACAGUACAACACUCUGCUGCCUCCCGUAACACGCCCAUCAGGCAAAGUCUGCCCGGCUCCAGUGAUGGGUCUGAUUUGCUUGAAGGGAAAAAUCCCAGUCCUUCCCACCUGCCUUCUCGGGUAAUGCAGAUAAGAAGCAGAACCAACCUUCCCAGGUAUUUUUUUGAUUCUGACACAGAGACUGAAAGCAGUGGAGAGGAAUUUCAAGUAAAAGAAAAGAAUUCAAAAGUACCUGGUAAAAACCCAAGUGGUAAAGUUUUUAAUAAUGCCAAGUCUUCAGCACCAAAAGCAAGAGAAGCUGAGAGGGAAAAGGUGCAGAAACCUCUAGAGCUCUUCCCGCGGGCAGCUGAUGGCUGGUCUGAAAAGGAAUUGCUGAAGCUCCACAGGGCCAUCGCCUCCUUCCCAAAGCACAGGAGCGGGUUCUGGGUGGAGGUGGCCAUGGCGGUGGGCUCUCGCUCCGCAGAGGAGUGCCAGCAGAAGUACGUCCAGGAACAACAGGCCAAAGGUUCCAGGGCCCGCUCCAAGAAGAGCACUGCUCCAGGAAAAGCAGAACAGAAAGAUAAGAAAGAGCCAGUUGCCAUAACUGCCAAAGUGGGGACCUUAAAGAGAAAGCAGCAGGUGAGGGAUUUCCUGGACCAUUUGCCGAAGGACAACCACGACGAUAUCUUCACUGCGACGCCCUUUCAGAACAGAAGAAUAAAGCUGCCAGCGUUCCGGGGAAGCCAGGAUGAUGAUGAUGACUUUGCCCUUACGGACAACCCCAUCACGCCUUCCUCAUCCAUCUUCCCUACGGCCAAAACCCCUCAGUGUGAGCACAUCAGCCCGGGAAUGCUGGCGCCCAUCAACAGGAACUACUACGACAGGCACAUGCUGCGGAUGCAGAAGGCGGCACCAGGCAGCCGAGGCAGCUGGGACAAGGUGAAGAAGAUGACGGUAACGCUGCUUUCCUUCACCCCUACUCCCACCUCAGCCACGCAGAGCUGAGCCAGGCAGCAGCCACA